GUUGGAUACGGUUUUGAGCAUCCCGGAGCAAUAAACCAUCAUGGGCCGCCGCCGCUUCGUCAAGAAAGGGGAGGAUGUGCGCCACUUCAAACUGGUUGCACGCCCUGGUGCGGAUGGCGAAGAUGAGCCGCCUUUAAUCCUGGAGCCAUAUGCUCCUCCAGGAGCGCUAAGGCGAACCGGCAAGACAGAGGCCGAGCUGCUCUCAAUGCCAGAGAGCCUGCAGCAUUUGGGGUCCUCAAUCUUCCAGCCUGGUCAGGAUCUUGAAGAGACCACCAGAAACAAGCUCCAAGAAGAAGGAACACAUCACGAGGAUGUUGACUGGGCAGACUUGGAUGGUGAUUGCUACUUCCCUCCUGAUGGUUACAACUACGAGCAACACCUUAAGACUGUGAGUGGGACCAAAAAGGCCAAAAGUGUUGUUGGCGCUGUUCUCGAAGCACCAGAACCUGUACGAGAGGAGGAUUUCUUCAAGCAGCUUCCAACAAAUGAUGAUGAGCAGGAGGUCCUGCGAGCGCUUGACAAUGAUGAGGAAUAUGAAGAGCUGGAGGAGGAUGAGAUUGAUGAAGUACUUGAUGGCGGCGUGCUGGAGCCGGAGACGUUGCUUUGGGGUGCAGUUGACAACGACCGUCCAGAUAUGGCCAUUUUUGCAGAGCACAAGGCACUAUUGGCAGCUCGAGCUGUGGAGGAGGAGGACAGUGACUUCGAUGAUGGCCUUGACGAGUUUGACGGAGGUGCAAUGGGAAGUGGUGCCAAACCAAAGGAUGAGGAUUUUGAUCAAUUUCUUGCUGAUCAGUACGGAGAUGACGAGAUUGGUGCUCGAGACGAGGAAGACAUUGAAGGGCAUGUUGCGUUGGACGAUGAUGUUCUCGACGAGUAUCUGGAAGAGAAGCAUGCUGAGCAGCAGGAGUUGUACUCCUUGUAUGAGCCUCAAAGAGGCUUCAAGGAUGAUGAGCCUCGCGUCAUUGCAGAGACAAGGGCGAUCAUUGAACGACACUAUUUGGAGGAGGAAAGCGAAGAAGAAACAGAAUCCGGAGAUGAAAGUGAUGACGAGUCCAAAACGUGGGAUUGUGAGACUGUGCUCAGCACGCUUAGCAACCUUUCCAAUAGACCAGGCAAAAUCGGGAAGGUAAAAACCAUAAAGAAGCCUCAAGCUCCAACAUUGAAGGCAGUGACAGAAUCUGGAGGUGAAGAUGACGAGCCGGAGGAUGUGGUUGAGUUGCCAGAUGUCGUGACUGAGCGGCCGAAAGAUGAGACAGCCGAAGAAAAAAAAGCUCGAAAAGCGUCGGUAAAGGAAAUGAGACGAAUUUGCAGAAAAAUGAAGAAAGAAAGACCUGUGCUCAGAAGCCUCAGAAAUCGAGGGUUUCUGUAUGUUUGUGUAGACGCUCUGACUGGAAAGGCAAAGAACCAAUGCUCUUCAUGGGCUAUAAAUGGCUGUAACAUUUUGGUUGAAAUGUUGAAGCUCCAUGUUGGGCACGAGAUGUGAUAUUGGAGUUUGUCCUGUGCAAUAAGUCCUGCAAAAUCACGGGGAUCAAGAGGCUUUGGCUGAACACAACGAAAGCCAACUCUUUGAGCUCGAGUUCUCUCUCAUUCACUUGGCUACGGGGUAAUUCUAUGUAUUCAGGUCGCUUUGCGACAACGACUGGCCACCCGGGGAUGGCUUUGACUACGUAACUUUUCAUUUGGCUCCAUUUUUGAGACCUACAAUACAUGAAACUGGUGAGGCCUUCGAACUUCAAACACUGUUGGUAGUGUUGGCUCAUAUUUCAACUGCAAUCCCAUCCAGAAUACUGAACCAAACCCAUUUUUGAGCCAAUGCCCGAGCCAUUUCGUGACUAUAUUUGGCUUCAUGUAUGCCUAAGAGACCUCACAAACGUGCAACAUGCACGCAAGCAUGCACGUUUGGCAGUGAAUCAAAUCCACUUUUGAGCCAAAAUUUGAGCCUUCAAUACAAGUUCUGAAAGGAAAAUGGGACCCCCUGUUUCGUUGCGGCAGGUUUCCAUUCACAACACGUUGAUUGUCCUUCUCUUGUAGAAUAUAUAAUGUUGUUUGUUUUGCCAUCUCAUCUCGUCUCAUGCUGAAUCGCUUCAUUUUUCUUUGUAGCGCCACACCUGGCCCUGUCACGUCAAGCUUGCUGGGAGACUGGGAGUAUUCAGGGCCAGCCACUGCACAAUUGACUUCCACUUUCCAUCAUUUUUACCUUAUCUCUUCUACAGUAUAUUCUAUUCGACGCGAGUUAUGUUCUGUUGUUCAUUCGCAUGGAGCUCCUUUCAUUCUAGCUUGCCGAGACUCAACCCAGCUUUCCUUCUUUUGCCUUUGAUGUUCCUUGGCUUGCCUUGCCUCAUGUGCUUGUACAAUCUUGUACACACACCUGAAUUCCAGUUGCCUUGUUGCCUCACUUUCCCAACAGCCCCCCACCCAAUCUGUGUGCCGUACUCCUUGCUUCCACCCCUUGCCAUGCCAUGCGUUCGUGACCCCCGUACUUUUGGGAAGCUUUCUUGAUCGGCUUGAUAUAUAAUGAAACCAUUCAUUAGAG